AUGAAACUGCAGAGUAUAUUGUUAUACGUUGCCGCCUACGGCGGCGGCAGGGUGUUGGGGAUGCCCAGUAGGGAGCAUUACCAGCUGGCGUCCGGGGAAAUGACGCCAUUCCCGGAGUGGCUCAGCGAAUUGACAGGUCUUAGUCAGUGGCCGGAGUCCGAUCCGCCGUACAUUCCAUUGGAGACGAUCGACUUGUCGAUAGUGCCGGACUACAAGCCGUACCGGGAGGGCGAGUGCCAUUUGAAUCCUCCCGAGUCGUGUUCGUUUGAUUGCUACAAAUGCUUGGCAUUCGACGACAUCCACACCUGCUCGAAGUUGACACAGACGUUCGACGACGGGCCUUCGGGCGCCACGUCUUUGUUACUUGACCAUCUCCGGCACAAAACUACGUUUUUCAACUUGGGCUACAACAUCGUACGCAACCCAAGCGUGUAUCAGCGGAUGUUGGCCGAGGGCCAUUUGGUGGGCACCCACACUUGGUCGCAUCCGUUCCUCCCCAGCUUGACCAACGAGCAGAUCGUGGCGCAGUUGGAAUGGUCCGUGUGGGCGAUGAACGCGACAGGCAACCAUCUCCCACGGUGGUUCAGGCCGCCCUACGGCGGCAUAGAUAACCGUGUCCGCGCGAUUGCUCGACAGUUCGGGCUCACGACGGUGUUGUGGGACCACGACUCGUUUGACUGGAUGCUACAAUCUCCGGAAUUCUCGAGAACUGAGCAGCAGAUCUACGACGACGUGGCCGAGUGGAUCCACGGGGGCACGGGCAUCGUCUUGGAACACGACGGCCACGAGAGAACCGUGCGUAUCGGCAUCCAGGUCAACAACAUGAUCGGCCACAACCAGAUGACCAUCGCUGAGUGCGCCGGGGGCCAGGACUAUCUAAACUCGCUCCCCAGAUUUUCAAGAAACUCCAACCCAUCGUCGUCGUUAUCAUCCCCGAACAAUCCGAACAACCCAUUCAAUGGUGCCAGCGCCAAAGACAAAACUUGA